AACGAUCCUCAAUUCCAGAGUAAUUUCAUCUCUGCGAUGUGCAGUGAAAUAGCAAAAAAACAGAAAAUAGUCGCAGAUGGUGUCGCCAGUAUAAACAAAUGUAAACAAAAUAUCGAGAAGGGGUUGGCGAACAGAAAAAUCAUGAAGACAACAAUUGAAGCUGAGAAGAUGAAGAAAGCUCUUCUGGAACCCACACUGCGAACGUUGUAUUCAAUUGAGACAGAGCAGACGACGAGGCUAGCAUUAAUAACAGCGAAACUCGAUGAAAAAUCAUUAAGAGAGAAGGCAGACAUUGAGAAGUACAGGGAAAUCGUCAAAUUGUAUAAAACAACGUGCCUCGAACGUCGAGAAGAGUACGAAGCAAUGAUUCCACUAGCUGGCAAAAGACGAGAGGCGAAAGUUGCUCUUCAAUUAAUGGAAAUAAAAGUGAUGGUGUUGAUCCAGAAGAGGGACGAGCUCAAAAAAAAAUUGAAGCAGAAACGAGAGAUCGACGAGAAGCGAAUGCAGGUGCAACUCGUGGAGAUGGCGAGGAUCUUCACCGAGAGGUACAAAAUGCAGGAAAAAUUGAAGUCGAUGGAUGCAGAGAAUGGAAAACUCGCUGAAGAGUUGCAGGCGCUAAAAUUACAUAAAGAGAAACUGAUGAUACAGAGGGAAGAGGAGGAAAGGGCGAGGCUGAGGGCCAGGCAAAUGAUGCCACCUCCAAGACUGGACAUGUCUGUGUUAAAAACUAUUGAUCCCAGAUCGAACACUGGGCCACUGAUUCACAGGGGAGCAAUCGUCCGCAAUUCUGUCGACUCAGAUAAUCUGUCAAUAAAUACUGCAGUACUGGAAGGUAUGAUCCGAGAUCAAAGCGAUGACCAAUCGAUGGAGACCUUCGAGGAAGAUGACACGGAGGUGAUUACCCCCAACCCCCUAGCAAGAUCGAUCUCAAAAAUCUGCUGUAAUCAAGAGGAUUUCGACAAAAUCGAAGUGCUGGAGCGAUCGUACAGUCAAUUAUCCCUCGAUAAAGAGAAUAAUUAUGAGAAUUCACCGAUAAAUUCUCCAGAUGAAUUUCCAAUUGAAGUGGAAGUGACUAUUCAGUCUGGAAGAGUCAUGGAGUCUCCAGUUCGCCAGCCUUCGUCGAUUCUCAAGGCUCAAUCAAUUCAACGAAUGAGUGAGGAGACGUCAGAGGGUGCACCAGAGGAGAAAAGAGCGAAGGUCGAGCCCAGAAAGGAAUUGGAUAAACAAUCUGGGGAGAAUUGUCACGAGGAAAAACAUCGCCAACCACCGAAAAUUCAAUCUGUCGAGACCAUCACUCGAUCUAUUCUCUUGCAGACUAAACCUCUGGUUGCUGAAGUCACUCCUACACUCUCCAAUUUAUAUUCUCCAAGACAUUAUGCACCGAGUGUGUGUCCCAGUAUUGAUUUGGAUGCUGACUUUGAUGAAUUUGAAACUGUCCGCGAUCUGCCGAAUGAGUGGCCCUCGCCACCUCGGGGCUGCGUGUCUGAAGCAUCAUCUGUAUUUGAUGAACCUAUUGGGAAAUCCGCGCAUCCUACUCCCGAACACGAGCAGCAGAAAUUGCAGAAUCCAGUUCUUCCAACGAUGGCCAAACCGAUCUUCACAAAUACGUUUCAAGGAUCAUCGAACAGUGGACAUUUCUUUUAAUUUGGAUAAAAUCAAGACAUCUUUUAUAUUUUCCAUCAUUUUCUUUUGUCGUUCUAUGUAGUAAUAAUUACAGAACAUUAUGAGUCCCUGAAGGGAUUUUUUUCCUACAGUCACUCCACGUCUUCAAUUUCCCUCAAUUAAUUACGUAAUAGAGACACUUUUCGCACUCAAUGAUGAAACGUUUUUCUUUCUACUGAAUUAUUAAUUAAUUUCUUUUUAAAAUAAUUUUUCAAUUUUUUAUAGUUUUGUUCGUAAUAACUUUCAUCAAUUAGUG